AAAAGGGCGGCCGGGGCGGCGCGGGAGAAGCGCUGGGACGGCGGGAGGCGGAGGAGGAGGAAACCGAGCCGAGUACGGGCACGGAGCUCUUGGUUUCUCGCAUUUACGCCACCGACCCUCCUUUCCCAGCCGUCGCCGCCAUGGUGAAGAUCGUGAGCAGCCUGGUUGAAUUUGAGGAAGAGCUGAAAUCUGCCGGUGAUAAGCUUAUAGUAGUUGAUUUCUCUGCAACAUGGUGUGGACCAUGCAAAAUGAUCAAGCCUUUUUUCCAUAGUUUGGGUGAGAAGUAUGCUGAUGUGGUGUUCAUAGAAAUCGAUGUGGAUGAUGCCCAGGAUGUUGCUUCACACUGUGAUGUGAAAUGCAUGCCAACGUUCCAGUUCUAUAAGAAUAAAGAGAAGGUGCAGGAGUUCUCUGGGGCCAAUAAAGAGAAGCUGGAAGAGACCAUUAAAAGUCUAGUCUAAUCUCCAGCCAUGAAAAUAUUGAAGCAUGACUGCUUUGGCUAAAUUACAACUUUUCUACUUAAAAAGAAAAUCCUAAACAAGCUAGCUAGAUUAGGUAGUGCGAACUACCUCCUUUGUCCAUGUAUAUGAGUACAAUAAAGUAUAAACUUCA